GCUAGGGUUCUUCGUUUUCUCUCCCUCGCGCCGCCGCCGCCGCUGUCUCCUCCUCCGUGCCUCCAGGCGAUCCUACGCUUGGAGCUCGCCACCCGGCGCCCGCCAUGAUUAUCCCGAAGAAGAACCGCAAUGAGAUCUGCAAGUACCUCUUCCAAGAGGGGGUGCUGUAUGCCAAGAAGGACUACAACCUGGCAAAGCACCCUCAGAUCGAUGUGCCGAACCUGCAGGUGAUCAAGCUCAUGCAGAGCUUCAAGUCCAAGGAGUAUGUCAGGGAGACCUUCUCCUGGCAGUACUACUACUGGUACCUCACCAACGACGGCAUCGAGCACUUGCGCAACUACCUUAACCUGCCAUCUGAGAUUGUGCCUGCCACGCUCAAGAAAUCUGCCAGGCCACCUGGCCGCCCAUUUGGUUCUGGCCCACCUGGUGACCGCCCAAGGGGCCCACCUCGCUUUGAAGGGGACAGGCCAAGGUUUGGUGACAGGGAUGGGUACCGCGGUGGCCCUCGUGGUGCUCCUGGUGACUUUGGUGGUGAGAAGGGUGGAGCUCCUGCUGAGUUUCAGCCAUCCUUCAGGAGCUCUGGUGGUAGACCUGGCUUUGGCCGUGGUGGUGGCGGGGGCUUUGGCGCUGGCCCAACCUCUUCCUCAAUGGAGUGAACCUCCCCUUAGUUUGGAUAUGAUGUUUUCUUCGCAUGAGGCGUUUAAUUUUGAAGGACAGUAAUAUUAUGUAGCAAUGCUGUUUUCAGGAUCGACCGCUGUUGACAUAUGCCAAAAUAUGCUAUCUUGAUACCUUCCCAGUAUAAUAGUUUUUGCAAACGCUUAAGUUCCAUGUUAAUGCUUUCGACAUGUCGGCAGAAAUUACCUUUUGCUUCUG